AUGCUUUUAUAUUUUCAGGCUAAUAAACUUACUGCAGGUGCUGCAGAAAACGCUAAGAAGAUGCCAAGGGUUUAUAAGAGGGUGCCAGGCUCGCGGAGGUAUGGCGACUACACCCAAGAAAACUUGGAUAAAUGUUUAGAAGCGAUUAGAAAUGGAAUGAGUACCAGAACAGCCGCGGAAGGUUAUAAUAUACCACGGAGGACCAUUAUGAAUAAAUUGAAAUAUGUACACACGAACAAACCAGGUUACCCUACUACAUUUACAGAAGAAGAAGAAGAAGAAGAAAGGACUUUUGUUUCCUGCGUUCAUCAAAUGAGCGAGUUCGGGUUCCCGACGCAUAAGGACCUAACAGUAAGGUUUGCCACCAACAUUAAGCGGAGCAGAGCAGCUCUCAGUGGUCAGCAAAUGCAGGAUUAUGUAGAAAACUUGAAGCAAACCUUGGAGGGGGUUCCACCAAAUGCAAUUUUCAACUAUGAGUCCAAUUUAACAGACAAUCCUGGUCAAAAAAAAGUUUUAACCAAACGGGGCAUGAAAUACCCAGAAAGGAUAGUUGAUUCAUCAAAAAGUUGUAUAUCCCUAAUGAUUGCAGGAAAUGCAGCAGGUGAGGUUCUACCACCUUAUGUGGUAUACAAAUCAAAACAUUUAUGGGACACGUGGACAAAUAAUGGCCCACCUGGUACUCGCUACGCCAACACAGCAUUUGGGUGCUUUGAGUCAGAAACAUUUUCUGAUUGGUUUUUUCAGCUGUUGUUGCCAACAUUAAAAAAAAUUGAAGGAUUCAGAAAAUGUGGAAUCGUUCCUUGUGAUGUAGGUCCCUUAUUAGAACGAUUACAUAACAAACAUAACAGUGUCGUCAAUCGAGAGAAUGUAUCUGAAAUAGAAAAAUCGUUUCUUGAAUCUUUGGAAAAUAAAAGGACAGAGGCUACUCAGUUUCAAGUUUGGGGAAGGAAGAAAAAAAUAACAAUUCCAGCCGGAAAAAGCAUUGCUCACGGCGAAAUCGGUUCUGCUGAUUUACCUGGGACUUCGGGAAUAGUUACAGCUCCAAUAUCCAAACACUCUCAAAAACAAAGGGCGAAUGAAGUUUCUGAAGACGAGGAGUCAGAUAAACUUCCAGAACUUGGAGAUUCAGAUGAUGAAGUUGAUGAGAUACAAGACAUGGAGGAGGAAAUUGAAUUUAAUAAAAAACUUGAAUCUGGUUAUUUUGCUAAAUCUGCGGCUGAAAAAAUUCAAGAAUCUGGUCUAAAAGAUAUCCAGAGGUCAGUUGGCGAGUAUGUUUUAGUCUUGUAUGAUGGCAAGCCUUAUCCUGGAGUCAUUACCGAAACUGAGGGCGAAAUGGUUAAGAUUAACGCGAUGGUCAAGUCACUGAAGUUUUGGAAAUGGCCGGAAAAAGCCGAUGAAAUUUGGUAUAGUUGGGACAAAAUACUUGGUGCAAUAAAUGCACCUAAGCAAAUGACCAAACGUGGCACUAUUGUAGAUCACAGUUCAAAGGAGGGGGCACAGCCUUAUAUACCCGGAAAACUGUAUCUACCAAAAGAUCUUACUAAUUUUUGUGUUGAAAAACACAUAGAACUAUGUGCUUCUCAAUUUAAGGACAACGGUAUAACCACGAUUAUAAUUGAAUGUUAUAGAUCACCUUCAAGGGAUAUAAAAGUGUUCCACGAUAAAUUAGGUCAAGCAAUACAUUCCGUUUAUCAGCCGUACCACCACAUAAUUUUAUGUGGCGAUUUCAAUAUAGAUUAUUACAAUCAAGGUCCUGAAUCUGGAAACCUGAAUAGUGUCCUCAGUGAAUUCAAUUUGUCUCCAUCAGUGGGAUGGCCGACAAAAAUAGGACGAAGUUCAGUCAGCACUAAGGAUCAGAUAUUUACAAAUUUUGAGGUCAGUGGUACUUCCUGCGCUUUAGAGAAUAAUAUGUCAGACCACAGGACAGUCUUCUUCGAAUUCCAUGAAAACAUCUCAACAAAAAACAAACCUAAUAAUAUCUGGAAAAGGUGCUACGAUGAAGACUCAAUAAACAAAUUCAUGUCAGAUCUAUGUGCUGAAGAUUGGUCUCUACUAUAUAACAUGAUCGAUAAGAGACCUACACUGGACAGAAUGUGCGCUUCGACGUCACAAAGAAAUGAUGAUGGUUUGCUGGCGUCUUGCAAUAUCUCGUUACUUAUAGCAAAAUCCGGAAAACCGCAUACUAUCGGAGAGAAGUUAAUUUUGCCAGCCGUUGAAGAGGUUUUAAAAACUGUUUUACACAAACCUGCAUCUGAUAUCAAUAAAAGAAUUCCCUUAAGCAACAAUACUGUUGAAAGACAUUUUGAAUCUAGGUUUGAGGAUAUUUUGACUAUGUUAAUACCACCUUGGAUAAUUAAUCCAUAUGGUGACAUAGAAGAAACGAAUGUCAUAAUACAAGAGGAACUGACUGAACUAAGUACAAACGAAGAACUUAAGGUUCAGUUUAAAAAUGGAUAUCAGCAAUUCUGGCUGCAAAACAACAUACCCGUUACUUAUCCCGUACCACAGAACUAUAGAGAAUGGCAAAAGAUAGAAGCAGGCUUCAAAACUAGAUGGAAUUUUCCUGGUUGCUAUGGCGCUAUAGAUGGGAAGCAUGUAUUGAUUCAAGCACUUCCGAACUGUGAAUUAUUCAAUUUUAAGGGCAUGAAUAGUGUUGUGCUUAUGGCUGUUGUUGACCAUGACUACUGUUUCCGUUAUGUUACUAUCGGAGCAAAUGGAAGAAAUAGCGCAUUAUAUAGCGACCUUGAAAACAAUAUGCUACCAACAGUGGACUUAGUAAAAGCUCUUUUGGAACAGAACAGAUCUGAUAAUGAGCAUGUCGAAAAGAGAGAGGAUGAAAAAGAGGAUCAGGUUAUCUAUGAAUUUUUUUUACAUACCUCAUAUAAAGUAGCACCCUUAUUACCGCAGAAUCCUCCUCCGAUGUCAAGCAGAGUGAAAUGGAAUCCUAGAUCAUCAGCCUCAUCAAAAACUGUUCUUGCAGCUAUGAUGGCUCCAUGGAAUGCAUUUAGGUCUGGAUUGUGUCCUCUGCUCGAACCGAUAUGGAAAGACACUCCAAUGACAUUCAGAUCUAAGUAUCGAGCUACGGCCAGCAGUUGCUUGGCAUCCUCGGGAAGAACACUAAAAACAACCGAGAAUGAAUUUGGAGAAGACAGCGACAUAUCUUUUUGUAGCCUAAAAGAGAUUUUUGAAGCUUAUACUAGUUUAGUACUUUUAAAUGUUCAGUGUCUAAAUUUUGACAAAGCUGAUGAGCUACACCUUAUGUUAUCAGACUAUGACGGGGUGAAAUUCCUCUGUUUAACUGAAACGUGGUCUACAGUUGAAUCGAUUGAUAAUAUUGUUAUAAAUAAUGUUCAGUUGAUACAUUAUAAAAAGGUGGAGGGUGAAUCAAAUAUAAACGAGACGAGCCAAUAUGUUGCCUUUAAACAUCCAGCGUACUUCUGUAUGGAACAGAAGAACUUUGUGAUCAGAAUCGAUAUCCUCGCAAAGGAAAGUAAAUAA